AUGCGCGGCGCUGCGCUCCUCCUCCUCCAGCUGUUCAAUGAAAUUACCGGUGCGGCCGCGUCACUUCCGGUGCGGCCGCGUCACUUCCGGUAUACCAAUCUGACAAGGUAUACUUAUCUGACGGAACACCGGGGCCACCGGAAACCAGUACCACCGAGUGCACCCGGAAGAGCAUGA